UUUUUUUUUUUAAUUUAUAUUUGGUUGAAGAAGACAGAUGAGUGUAAAAAGAUGCCGACUUUAGCACACUGGAAUGAGCAUUACUGUUCUGGGUUUUUGGUCCAGUGACAUUGAUGAAUUCAGCUACAACCAUUUACACAAGUUCUUCAUCGUCCUGUCCUGCCUCAUAUCAGUCUCUGUAAACUUCAGCACUUUUCUAGUGAUUGGAAAAACGUCUCCGGUCACAUAUCAGGUUCUUGGACAUCUUAAGACAUGCCUGGUUCUAGCGUUUGGCUAUGUGUUGUUGAAAGACCCAUUCAACUGGCGCAACAUUCUCGGUAUUAUGGUGGCGGUGAUUGGAAUGGUUGUGUAUUCCUAUUUCUGCUCGAUUGAGACUCAGCAGAAGGCAAGUGAAACAUCUUCAACUCAGCUGCCUCAGCAAAUGAAACAGAGCGAGAAGGAUCCGCUAAUAGCAGUUGAAAAUGGAAGCGGAGUGUUAUCAGACGGUGGUGGUGGUGUGCAAAAGACGGCGGCUCAUCAGAGAAUUAGGGGAGACUGAAAGAAAACAACAGCUUUCCACACCGUAUGGGAAAAGGAAGAAAGCAGAGUGAGAGGGCGGACACAGCUUUGAUGAUCCAACUUUACUAUACAGAGCAGUUUUUUUUUUGUCAUAUUUGGAACUAGUGAUACAACUGUAUACCAAGGUUGUGGCUAUAUUCACCAAUACUGGAAUUUGGAUACUUGUGUUUGAUUUUCAUGCUCCUUUACAUGGAUUAUAUACACUCCUCACUUCUUGUU